AGUGUCUCAGGACAAAAACGCAAACUAGGAGGUAAAAGAUAAAAAUAAUACUUUAAUUAUAUUUUUAUUUUUUGACUUUCGUUUGAAUUGAAUAUAACGUAAUUUUACAACCUUGUUUAAGGUGAAGAUGAUGAUUCCACAAAUUCAAAACGAAAUAAGGGUUAUGGCCCAAACAGUGUGCCAUCGACCUCAACUUACGAGAUUUCUGAUAAAAUGGCACCACAUCAUUCAGAAAUAGUAGUUUCUGCUGGAGGAGUCUCAGGACAAAAACGCAAACUAGAAGGUGAAGAUGAUGAUUCCCCAAGUUCAAAGCGAAAUAAGGGUUAUGAUCCAAAGAACGUGCCAUCGACUUCAACAUACGAGAUUUCUGAUAAAAGUACACCAGAUGAUGCUUCGACUUCAAGGGUAAAAACGAAUAAAACCACAGAUUGUAUACGAGGAACACCGCCAAAAUAUGGCUACAGCAACAUAGAAAUGACUCCAAGAAAAAAAAAACUUAUAAAGUUGAGGGAUAUGUUGACUACGGAUCUGGAGAAUACCGCGGAAGGAAAAACGAGAUAG